AUGACUGCAUCUUCGGGUUACGCACCUAACGGGCGGCUAAACUCGGUUGCCGGUGGAGGUGCCUGGUUUCCCUCGCAAAAUGUCAUCGGGGAAUGGUUGCAGGUGGAUUUAGGGGAAACGCGCCACAUCACAGGAGCCAUGAUUCAGGUCCGUUACGGGGCCAGCCACCACCGUUACGGGGCCAGCCAUGUGAAGUCAUACAAACUCCAGUACAGUACAGAUGGGAUCAGCUGGACGACAUACGGCAACAGCUAUGUUCCAGAAAAGGUUUUUGAAGGACGUUAUGAGCUAUUGAGCAGCCCUGUAGAUGCCCGUUUUGUGCGUUUCUACCCUCAGACCUGGUAUCUACGCAUCGCCAUGAGGGUGGGAGUUCUGGGCUGCAACACCAGUAUGCCACUAGAAAUGGAGUAUGCGGGUGACGUGGACUUAUUAGAUGAGGAAAGAGAUCCACUAGAAAGUCUCCUACCUGUAGCAGCGAAGACUCUAAAAGACUCAAAUCUGUUUGUUAACGAAGGUAAAACAGAGUUCACAGAUGUCUACCUGGCAGACAAACCACUACGGGGAGAAGAGGAAUGGAGGAAAAUCUGUAGUGAUCCUCUUGGAAUGGGAUCCGGUGCCAUACCUGAUAGCAGCAUCACUGCAUCCUCAUACCUAAAUGACGGUUACCUCCCUAGAAGAGGGCGGUUAAACUUAGUUGGUUCUGGUGGCGCCUGGGCACCGAGGUACACUUUCAACGGGCAGUGGAUGGAGGUGGACUUAGGGGAAAUGAAGCGAGUCACGGGCACCAUCAUUCAGGGUCGGCACAAUGAGAACCAGUGGGUGACGUUGUACCAUCUCCAAUACAGUACAAAUAGGGCUAUCUGGACGACAUAUGCUGGCAUAGAUGGCUCACAAAAGGAAUUUCCAGGAAACCGCCACGCCACAACGAACAUGCUGGAGAACCCAGUUGAUGCUCGUUACGUGCGAUUUGUAGUUAGAUCCUAUGGUUGGAAAGUCGGCAUGAGGGUGGAAAUAUUGGGCUGCAACACCAGUAACGUCGACAGAACCCUUCCAGUAACAAAUCUACUGGACUACCCGGUUGAUGCCCGCUAUGUGCGUUUCCUGCCUCAGUCCUGGAAUGGAAGGAUGACCAUGAGGGUGGAGAUCAUAGGCUGCCCAUCUUGUUCAACCACGAGGCACUUGGAAAAUGGAACUCUGACCUGGGACCUUCCCGAGGUCAACUCCUCGCCCUUCAUCUUCGAGGUCAAGGUCAACACCAGCGGCAGUGGGUCCGGCAUCAUCUACCUCUACCGGUGGGGUGACAACACGACGGAGAACCAGGACGGGUAUCGUGUUGAGCUCAGAUCUGGACAGUCUCAGAUAGAAAGGACUACAAAGGACACAGACAGAGAAACCGUUGCGAGUAACUAUUCAACAGAUAUCACAUCGGCUGAAGAGUUCCGGAGGUUCUGGAUCUGCUGGUCGAAAGGCGGAAGUGUUGGUGUGGGCAGGGCUGGAGAGGUGGAACCCUUCAUGAGCUGGACAGAUCCAUACCCAUUCAUUGGUUACAUCAUUCGUGUCGGUUACGCGACCGUAAAUGUUUCAGGGGACUUUAGGUUCAACUGCACACAAGUUUUAUCCUCAGCCGCAGUCGUCCCAGUCUGUCCACGUCUACUCGGAAUGGAAUCUGGUGACAUACCUGAUGGCAGCAUUACUGCAUCUUCCUUCCGUCGAGAAGCUUCCUAUACUUACGGUCACGAGCCUUACUACGGUCGGUUAAACGCAGCUCCAACACGCGCCUGGACAGCAGGGUACACCUUCGUCGGACAGUGGCUGCAGGUGGAUUUAGGGGAGAUGAAGCUCGUCAUGGGCACCAUCGUUCAGGGUCGGCUUGAUCACGAGGAGCGCCACUGGGUCUUUCCAGGCAACGUCGACAUGAGCAUUCCUGUCACAAAUCUACUGAACAACCCAGUUGAUGCCCGUUAUGUGCGUUUUGUGGUCCAUACUUGGAAUGAUCGUAUCGCCAUGAGGGUAGAGAUUGUGGGCUGUAACUCCACUGCAGUCGUCCCUGCCUGUCCACAUCUACUAGGGAUGGAAUCUGGUGCCAUACCUGAUGGCAGCAUCACUGCAUCCUCUUUCCUUCGUGAAACAUCCUAUAGUUCUGGCCUCGAGCCUCACCGAGGGCGGUUAAACGCCGCUCCGACACACGCUUGGACAGCAAGGUACAACUUCGUCGGACAAUGGUUGCAGGUGGAUUUAGGGGAAAGAAAGCUCGUCAUGGGCACCAUCAUUCAGGGUCGACUUGAUCAUCAGGACCGCUAUUGGGUCUUUCCAGGCAACGUCGACAUGAGCCUCCCUGUAACGAACCUACUGGACAGCCCAGUUGGUGCCCGUUAUGUGCGUUUCGUGGUCCAGACCUGGAAUGAUCGCAUCGCGAUGAGAGUGGAGAUUGUUGGCUGUAACACGUCGAGUAAGUGCCUUUUUCAAGGUCAUUGA